AUGAGAUUCUCUCAUUUCUUGAAGUAUAAUGCUGUUCCAGAAUGGCAAAAUCAGUAUUUGGACUAUGUAGAAUUAAAAAAUCUGAUAUAUACUCUACAGGCUGACGAAAUUAAACAAAAUGGCGGUAUAUUAGGUGAUGAAUUUAAUAACGCAACUAAUAAUAUUAAUGGUGCUGCAAUUGAUGUUGAUGAAGACGGAAAUCCAAUUGGAAGCUCAUCGAGGGCUGACAAUUUGAAGAAUAGAAUAAGAAAUACUUUUUUUAGAUCUUCUAAGAAGAACAAAAAUAAUAAGAAUGAUAAUACUAAUACCAAUGACGAUGAUAUUGCUGAUAAAGAUGAUCAAUCAAAGGUGGAAAAGGGCCAAAUUACUGAAGAAACAUACGAAUUAGAAACAUUUGAUAACACAUCAAACAUUAAUAAUAAUAACAAGGGUACAUCUAAUAGUAAAUACACUCCGGAGAAUACGGAUAGUGGAGGUAAGAAACUAACAAACCCAUUCAAUAAAAAAUUGAAAGUAAAUAUAUUUGAUAGAAAACGUCAUUCUUCUACGUCUUCCGCCUCAUCAAGUGAUGAGAGAACAUUAUUUAGCCCAUAUGAUUCUUUUGUCAAUAAAUUACAAGAUGAAAGGACUAAAAUUGAUGAUUUCUAUCAAAGACAAGAAGCUAAAUUCUAUGAAAGAUUUAAUUCCUUGAAAAAGGAUCUGGAUCAAGAAGGUGUAACAACUUUUAAUGAAACUUUCAAUCCAGUAGAGAGUCCUCAAAGAGCUCAUAUACCGUCUCGUUCACAGAGUGGUACCGUGCCCACAGAUACAAUAAACCAAGUUCUUUCUCAUAAGACUAAUUCCUUCGAUUUACAUAAAUCAAGCGAGUUUUAUCUUAGAAGUAGAUUCGAUCAAAAUGAUGAAGAAAUCUAUGAUGAGGAUGAACUAGAAGAUGAUGACUUUAACGAAUUAGAUGAUACUCAAGAAAACAGUGCUCUUUUAAAUUAUUCUCACGUUAAUAUUAAAUCACAAAAACUUUCAAUCCUAAAACAUUCAAUUGUAAACCUGUACAUCGAUCUCUGCCAAUUAAAAUCAUUUAUUGAUCUGAAUCGUAUUGGGUUCGGUAAGAUUACUAAAAAAUUUGAUAAAGUAUUACAUAUGAACACUAGACAAGACUUGAUCCUAAGUGGUGAGUUCUUCAAGUCAACAUACGUUUUCCAACAUGAUACAUUAAACGUUCUUAAUGAAAAAAUCCAUUCGUUAAUUGAGUUUUAUUCUUUCAUAACACACAGACCAAAUGAAAUUGACACUUGUAAGGCAGAAUUGAAGUCAUCUCUUCACGACCACAUAGUUUGGGAGAGAAGUAUUACUUGGAAGGAUAUGCUAGGCCUCGUAUCUCAAGAUAAAAAUAUUAUGACCGACAUGGAAGAAGAUGAAACUACAGAAAAACAUGAGUCAAAACUAGAGAUUGAUUUUUUUUACUGGAAUCUACCAAGAGAGAUACACUGGAGAUCCAUUAAUAUUGCAAGACUGGGCGUUCCAAAAUUAUUUUUCACUUUAAAGGCUGCAAAAUUAGCAUUCAUUAUUACAUUUACAGGCAUUCUGCUGGGUGUAAAAACCUUUAAUGAUCAUGUUGAAGGUCGUUGUAUGGCAUUGGUGGAAUGUGUAGCAUUCCUUUGGGCAAGUGAAGCAAUCCCAUUACACGUUACAGCAUUUUUAGUCCCACUUUUGACAGUACUCUUUAAAGUUUUAAAAACAACUGAUGGGAAGGUAAUGGGUGCUGCAGAUGCUUCUUCCGAAAUUUUAUCUACCAUGUGGUCGUCGACAAUUAUGAUUCUGUUAGCUGGGUUUACCUUAGGGGAAGUACUUUCACAAUAUAAUAUAGCAAAAAUCCUCGCAUCUUGGUUAUUAGCAUUUGCCGGUACAAAACCAAGAAAUGUUCUUCUAAUGGCUAUGGGUGUUGUUUUCUUUCUAUCAAUGUGGAUCUCAAAUGUUGCCUCUCCAGUUUUGACAUAUUCUUUACUAGCACCUCUGCUUGAUCCUCUUGAUGCUGACACCCCGUUUGCUAAAGCUUUAGUAAUGGGAGUUGCACUUUCUGCAGAUAUCGGUGGUAUGGCUUCACCAAUUUCGUCUCCACAAAAUAUUAUUUCAAUGGACUACUUAAAACCUUACGGGAUUGGAUGGGGUCAAUUCUUUGCAGUAGCAUUACCAUGUGGUAUACUUGCAAUGCUAUGUUCAUGGGGUUUAAUGUGCUUGACUUUCAAGAUCAAUACUACAAAACUAGAGAAAUUUACACCGAUUAGAACUAAAUUGACAUUGAAACAAUAUUAUAUAGUUUUUGUUACAUUAGGUACAAUUUUAUUAUGGUGUGUAGAAGGUCAAGUGGAAGGUGCCUUUGGUUCCUCUGGUCAGAUAGCAGUUUUGCCAAUCGUAUUAUUUUUUGGUACUGGAUUGUUGUCUACAAAUGAUUUGAAUACAUUCCCAUGGUCGAUUGUUAUCCUUGCAAUGGGUGGUAUUGCUCUAGGUAAAGCAGUUUCUUCCUCAGGUCUACUAGUCACAAUUGCUACUGCCUUGCAAAGGAAAAUUCAAAAUGAUGGUUUAUUUGCAAUCUUGUGUAUCUUUGGUAUCCUGAUGUUAGUUGUUGGGACAUUUGUUUCUCAUACUGUUAGUGCUAUCAUUAUUGUUCCAUUAGUUCAACAAGUUGGUAAUAGUUUGGCCGAUCCGAAGGCUGCGCCAACAUUGGUGUUUGGUUGCUCAUUAUUGGCGUCCUGUGGUAUGGGUCUUGCAUCUUCAGGGUUUCCAAAUGUUACUGCCAUAUCGUUAACUGAUAAAAAAGGAAAUAGAUAUCUGGAUGUGCUUACAUUCUUAUCUAGAGGUGUUCCUGCUUCAUUGUUUGCAUUUCUCUGCGUUAUCACUGUGGGUUAUGGUAUUAUGAUCUCUGUUUUACAUGGAAGUACAACUGCCAUUACAGCAACUUCCUCAUGA